CCUGCCCAGAGAAUCCUGUACAGAGAUGUGAUGCUGGAGACCUAUAGCAGCCUGGUGUCCUUGGGAUACCGCGUGACCAAACCUGACUUGAUCGUGAAAUUGGAACGAGGAGCAGAGCCAUGGAUAGUGGAAGAAUGCCUAAACCAGAGCCUCAAAGUUGCCCAGGAAAAAGAUGACUUGAUUGAGAUCAACAGGGAAAGCCAAGACAUAAGAUGUAUGAUUACAGACAGCAUGUUCUCUUACAAUGGAGUUGACUCAAGAGAGACACUUGAUUUCCAUGUUCCAAAACUGAUCAUCAGGAAGUCAGAUUGUCCUGAAAUGAGUUCUGGGGCCUGCAAUACAUUUCACAAUAUGCGUCUUCGUAGGGUGCUGUGUGAGGUACAGCGACCUGGAGUGAAAUUAGAUGCUGCUACCAUGCCUGGAGGUUUUUCUCAUGGCUUAAACUCUGUUGGUCAGCAUCACAAGAUCCAGGCUGUGCGGAAGCCAUUUGAACACCAUGAACAAAGGAAAACUCUCCAAAGGAAGGUGUUCUUUAUAUUUGAGAGGGAUUGUGCGAGAAAUCCCUUUCCUGAGUCAACUCUUAAAGGAAAAGAUAUUCAGAUUGGUGCUGAAACUUUACAUGAAAAUUCUGUUGAGCAAACCCACCCAACAGUGAAUCUCCGUGAGUCUCUCAAGUGUGAGAAAGAUGUGAAUUGCAAGUCCUAUCUGACAGUGACUCGGACAUCAGGCACAGGAACAAAAUCCAAUGAAUGUGAUUGCUGCAAAAACUGCUUCAAGUAUAAAUGCUUCCUAGCCAUCCAUCACAGAAUUCACAAGGUGAAAAAUGAUUGUGACAAAUUUCAAAACAACUACUCCUGGCUGUUAGACCCCAGAAUACAUCAAAGAAUUCACAGAGGGGAAAAGCCUUUUGAAGGUAGUGAGUUUGGAGAAGACUUUUCCCAGAAGUCACACCCCCUAAGCCAUCAGAGAACGCAGACAGAGGAGAGAUCUUUUGAAUGUUUUGAGUGUAGAAAAAUUUUUGUUUUGAGAUCUGACCCCAGAAAGACUGCGAGAAUUCACACGGGGGAUAAGACUUUAGAAUGUGGCAAUUAUGGAAAAACCUUUACGUGCAAAUCACGCCUCAUCACACAUCAGAGAACUUGCUUAGGGGAAAGACCUUGUAGAGGUAGUGAGAGUGGGAAAGCCUUUUCCUACAAUCCACAUCUGCUACAACAUCAGAGAAUGCACACAAGGGAGAAGCCUUUUAAAUGUAGUGAGUGUGGGAAAGGCUUUGCCCUGAAGUCAUCCCUCAUGAAACAUCAGAGAAUGCACACAAGGGAGAAGCCUUUGGAAUGCAGUGAAAAUGGGAAAGCCCUUAUCCACAAAUCAGAGGCCAUCCCUCAUCAGAGAAUUCACACAGGGGAGAAGCUUUUUAGAUGUAGUGUCUGUGUAAAAACCUUCACCCGCAAAUCACAGCUCAUCAGACAUAGAAGAUUGCAUACAGGGAAAAAGCGCUUUGAAUGUAAUGAGUGUGGAAAAGCAUAUUUGUACAAGUCACUCCUCAUAGUACAUCAGAGAACACACACUGGUGAGAAGCCAUUUGAAUGUAGUGAGUGUGGCAGAGCCUUUUACUCUAGGUCUGACCACACAAGGCAUCAGAGAAUGCACACAAGGGAUAAGCGUUUUAAAUGUAGUGAGUGUGGGAAAUCCUUUUCCCACAGGUCAUACCUUACACAGCAUCAGAGAAGACACACAGGGAAGAAGCCAUUUGAAUGUCUUGAAUGUGGGAAAGCCUUUCCCACUAAGUCUGAGCAUGCAAGGCAUCAGAGAAUGCACACAGGAGAGAAACCUUUUGCGUGCAGUGAGUGUGGGAAAGCCUUUUCUCGUAAAUCACACGUGAUACAACAUCAGAGAAUUCACACAGGGGAAAAGCCUUUUGAAUGUAGUGAGUGUGGGAAACAGUUUUCCAGCAAAUCACACCUCAUCACACAUCAGAGACUGCACACAGGAGAGAAGCCUUUUGAAUGUAAUGAAUGUGGGAAGGCGUUUGCCUACAAAUCGGAGGCCAUUGUUCAUCAGAGGAGUCACACAGGGGAGAAGCCUUUUAAAUGUACUAAAUGCGGGAAGGCCUUUACCCGCAAAUCUUGCCUCAGAAUGCAUGAGAUAACGCACCUGGGGAAAGCCUUUUGGAUGUUGUGAGUGUGGAAAAGCUUUUUCCUGCAAGUCAGACCUCAGGGGACGUGGAGAACACACAUGACAGAAAAUCCGUUGAAUAAUGAGUGUGGAAAAGCCUUUACAUGCAAGCCACAUGCAAUAUAUCAUGAGAGAAUUCACACAGGGGAAAAGCUUUUGGAUG